CGAGAUCUCGUACGGCGGCUCCGGCGGCGGUUGCUAGGAGACGGAACUCAUUGCCGAGGCUCCUGGAGCUGAGGGCCGCGGCGGAGUUUGCGCGUGUGUGACCGCGGGGGGGCCGAUUCGGAAGCAAGAUGGCACCCAAAAAGAAAGGAGGAGGAAAGAAGGGGAAAACAAAAGCUACGCCCAUCAUCGAUGGCAUCCCGCCAGAGGAGAUGAACAAGGAGCAGGUGGAGGAGCACAUCGUUCGAAUCAGGGAGGAGCUGGACCGGGAGAGGGAGGAGCGCAACUACUUCCAGCUGGAGCGGGACAAGAUCCACACCUUCUGGGACAUCACGCGGAGGCAGCUGGAGGAGAAGAAGGCCGAGCUGCGCAACAAGGACCGGGAGAUGGAGGAGGCCGAGGAGAGGCACCAAGUGGAGAUUAAAGUCUACAAACAGAAGGUGAAGCACUUGCUGUAUGAGCACCAGAACAACCUGACGGAGAUGAAGGCCGAAGGGACGGUGUCCUUGAAGCUGGCGCAGAAGGAGCACCGGACCCAGGAGAAUGAGAUGCGCAAGAACAUGCGUUGCCUCAAGGUGGAGCUGAAGGAGCAGGAGCUGGCCAAUGAGGUGGUGGUGAAGAACCUGCGCCUGAAACACGACGAGGAGAUUACUCGGAUGAGGAAUGACUUUGAGAGACAAGUGCGAGAGAUUGAGUCCAAGUAUGACAAGAAGAUGAAGAUGCUUCGCGAUGAGCUAGAUCUCCGGAGGAAGACAGAGAUCCAUGAAGUGGAGGAGAGAAAGAACGGCCAGAUCAACACCCUGAUGAAGAACCACGAGAAGGCCUUCAGCGACAUCAAGAACUACUACAAUGACAUCACGCUGAACAAUCUGGCACUCAUCAACUCCCUCAAGGAGCAAAUGGAGGACAUGAAAAAGAAGGAGGACCACUUAGAAAAAGAGAUGGCAGAAGUGAUGGUUCAGAACAAGAGGCUGACAGACCCUCUGCAGAAGGCCCGGGAGGAGCUGCUGGACUUGCAGAGGAAACUAGUCAACUAUGAGAAGGAUAAACAGGCCCUGGCUAGUUCUAAAGCCCGUCUGAAGGUCACUGAGAAAGAGUUGAAAGACCUGCAGUGGGAGCAUGAAGUGUUGGAGCAGCGGUUCAGCAAGGUACAAAUAGAGAGAGAUGAUCUGUAUUCCAAGUUCAGCAAGGCCAUCCAAGAAGUACAGCAGAAAGCUGGCUUCAAGAAUCUGAUCCUGGAGCGCAAGCUGAUGACUCUGUCGAACGUGAUGGAGAGGAAGGAGGUGCAGUUGAACGAGAUCCUCUCCGCCUCCAACCUUGACCCCGAAGCCCUCUCGGUGGUCUCCCGAAAGCUGGAGGAUGUUCUGGAAUCUAAAAACAGUGCUAUCAAGGACCUGCAGUAUGAGCUUGCCCGGGUGUGCAAGGCUCACAACGACUUGCUGCGAACCUAUGAAGCCAAGCUCGUUGCUUUUGGCAUCCCUCUGGAUAACAUAGGGUUCAAGCCUCUGGAGACGUCGGUGAUAGGACAGAACCUGGGGCAUGGCCCUGCCGGGCUGGUGUCAACACCGACGUAGCCUGGCUGGAGCACGGCCUGCCCUCCUCCCCGGCCACAGACAUUCUUUAGGUCCUGAUGCUGCCCACGGCUGAGGGGCUGAGGCCUGGUGAAGCCGCCACAGAUGGUUGCUCUAGA